GAUGGUGGCUGGUCCCACUCAUUCCACGUUUCAAUGUGCAGCUCAGGGAGCGAGUUGAGAUCGGACUGGAGGAGUGGGAACUUGGUUCAACUUCCAUUGGUACAGGUUUGCGUGUAGAAAGGCUCUGGGGCGGGGCGAGGUUGGGGAUACUUUAUGGUCCUUGCCUCCGCGAAGUGCCACAGUGGCGCAAAAGGUUUAACGGUAAGGCUGAAGGCUGAUUCUUCCUCCUGCAGAGCUGGGCCAGGGGCUAGGUGGAAAGGGCGUCCCGGCUGGCCCAGGUCCCCGGGGCUGGGGUGCGCUCGUCUCCGCUCCGAUCAAGUUUCCAGGAGUGCCCAGCUUAGGAGUUUAGCGGCGGCCGCCGGAAACAGACCCAGGAAUGUGGUUGGGGUGGAGGGUGGCGGGACCGGGUGUGAAACUGUCAAUCCACACGGAGCCCGAGGAGGUAGCGUCCGGAGAGGGGAGUUCGGAGAAGAGCGCGGAGGGGCGCCGGGAGGACUCGCUCGCCCUGAAGACGCGCUCUGGUUGUUCCCCAGCGUUCGGGGAGCACCCGGUAGCCUGCUUCCAGGCUUACUGAUGAGCGAUACACGGGCAGUCCCGACUUAGUCUUCAAUGCCAGUGUUCUCAUUUCUUCCCGUCCAAGUCCAUUACGCCCUCCCCCGGCGGCCUCUCCCUUGUCCUUUGUUGUGAGGGAUUUCUUCCAGAGUAAAGGAGGCCUUUGGGAUUGACACGCUCUGGUGGAAAUUCUUACGUUCCCACAGGCUCAAGGGUUAGGGGAUGCCUUGACUGCUAAUCAGUGGAGUUUAUAGACCCUGGCCAACUUGGAAGAAAGUGAAAAAAAAAAAAAGAAAACUGAGGACAUUUUUGCCUAUGAAUGUUUAAUUGUGGUCAGGACAUUCAUAGUCUCUUGCAUGACUCUGGAAGAGUUUUAGAAAGACCCAUUUUUAGCGCCUUUGAAUAAAAUAGUGUUGCAAAUGAUUUACAGAAUGAACUGUCUUUAAAAGUUUUCUGAAACAGAAGGAAUAUUCUCAAGUUAAAAAAGGAAAGAUAAAACAUUUUCCCAGGCAUAGCAGAAUGAUUUUCAGGCCUGCUCCUUCCUUCCUUUCUUUCUUUUUCUUUCUUUCUUUUGUUGUACAUGGGCAUAUAAAUUCUUGUUAGAAUAGUGCAUAGAGGGAAAAAGCUCUCAUAAGUGGAAAACUGAAAUAAUUGACUUAUGUAAUCUAUUCACUUUACCAAAAGCAUUAUGAAUGCUAUUUGGAUCCAAAAUAAAAUCUCCAGAAAGAAUGACAUUGUUUACCUUGUAACCUCAAGCUUGGGUGGACUGUAUAUCAAAGGGUAAGGUACUCAUCAUUUUGAAGUUAAUUAUCUAGCUUACAUUUCCAAACUAUAAUGAAAAGAGUUGAUGUUGGAUUUUACUUCAGCACCCUUGGAUAAAUUACACAUGAUCCCAGGUUACAGGAAAGUUUUUUUUUCCUGGGUGAUGAGGUGGAGGUCUUCUGAUAAUCCAGAGCUUGGUCUCUAACUUCUAAGGGUUCUCUAGGGAGUUCCCUUCAUGGCUCAGCAGUUAAUGAAGCUGACUAAAAUCAGUGAGGAUGUGGGUUCAAUCCCUGGCCUCGCUCAGUGGAUUAAGGAUCCAGAGUUGCCUUCAGCUGUUGUGUAGGUCCCAGAGGAGGCGCAGAUCUAGCGCUGCUGAGGCUGUGGCCUAGGCCGACAGCUGUAGCUCCAUUGGACCCCUAACCUGGAAACUUCCGUAUAGCAAGGGUGUAGCCCUAAAAAGCAAAAAAAGCAAAAAAAAAAAAAAAGUUCUCUAUCCUACCCAUAAACUUACAGAUACCCGAAACUUACCUCUUCCUCCUGCUGCCAGGGAUGGACUACAUUUUCCUAUUGUAGUUGAGGUCACUAAAAACUCCUAUAGGUGCCUGACUGCUGGUAGGAGCAGGUAGAGGAAGCAGGUGAAAACCCAGAGGACACAGAAGUGGAGAAAAGAACAAAUGGGUAGCAGUGGAGUUUGAGAGCAUGAAGCCAGGACUUAGGACAGUGACCCAGACACUCGGUCCAGAAAUAGGAAGAGCCAAGGAGCCCAUGGGGACUGAUGAAAGAAAGAAGGAAGGAAAUCUGUCCAGAAACUGGAGAGAAAACAUUUGGUCACUUAAGGUCAUCUUUCUCCUCUUUGAAUUUACUUGUGAAAAACACAGAAACUUCAUUACUUAGCACUUCUUUUUUUUAGUGGUAGUAGG